CGAAAUGUCACCAUCAGUGGUGUAUCCUGGCAGGAUCCAAAGGCAAUGCUAAAGUCGUGGAAUGCACACUACGAAAAGGUUUACCGGAGCUGCGUACGCGCCGGACCAGAUCGCUGCAUGGCACUUCAUUACGAGCAGUUGGUCUUGCGACCGCGCGAAUCAAUGCGGAAAGUUCUGCAAUUUCUAAACCUUCCUUGGGAUGAAGUCGUACUCAAUCACGAAAAAAGCGUUGAUGACCUUGUCCUCGUGAAGAAAGAAAAGAGCACAAAUCAAGUUGUCUAUCCCAUUUACACAAACGCUUUAACAGACUGGGCAAAGGACAAAGCGGUGAUGACACCUGAGCUAUUGCGGGAAAUGCAAAGUCUACCUAUGCUCAGGGAGUUUGGCUACAGCGAAGUGGGCAUGCCCCCAAACUAUGGAUUUCCCGAACCAGAAGUCUUGAAAAAGUCUGCAAGUCUGCAGAAGAGUGCGGACUUUAAGAAACUCUUCCACGAGUUAGUGUAG